AUGAUGGCGACAGUGCGCCGCGCUGUGUGUGUGUUGGCCGCUGCUCUGUGCUGCACGGCCUUGUGCGUAGCUGCGAACUCUGAUGAUGAUAAUUCUGCUUCGUCUCCCACAGGUGGUGCGGCGGAGGCGUCUGAUGUGUCGGCGAAGGAGAUAGUCGUCACUGCAAAGACGGAGGCCGUGGAGGCAGCAAGGAAAGUUCAGGAGGCAGCAGUUUCUUUUAAGGAUGCUCUGAGUGAAGUGCAGACGGCGCAUGAGGCGGCCAAAAAGGCAGCAGAGGGCGCAGGGGGUAUUCUGACGGGAGGCGCCAAGACGGCAGCGGAUCAUGUGGUGCAGGCUUCGCAGAAAAUGUCAGGUGCUGUUACUGUGCUGAAGGAUUUUGUAUCUUCUGGCUGCAAAGUGGUAUCCGUUAAGUUGUCGACAGAGAAGAACAAUGCUAAAGAUGCAUUGGAUCUCGCUAAAUCAGCUGUAACGGGUGCUAAAACGGCAGUGUCGGACACUGAAGGCCUGCUGGAGAAGGCGAAGACCGAGGAGCAGAAAGUAGUGAAAGCCAUGGAGAAGGCUACACAAGCAGCAGCGAUUAUACCAAAAGAAGCGGAGAAAGUUGUGGCUGUGAUUCAGAGGGCCCAGGAAGAAGCGAGUCAAGCAAGUGAUCUAGCGGAGAAGUACCGCACAGAAGUGGGAGAGGCAAACAAAAAAGUGAAGGAGGUUCUUGAUUCAUCGAACACCGUAGAUACUUCGGCAACAAAAGUGGAUGAGCUGGCCAAGAAAGAUAUAACGAAGACAGCAAUAACUGAAGGUGAAUGCAAUAAACUCAAAGAAUUGAAGCUUGAUGAGUUUAAGACUGCUCCACUGGGAGUGAAAACAAUGGAAGGGGUAAAAGUGCGCACUACUGAGGAUAUCCAGGAAACUGACAAACUUGAGGCCCUCAUGAAGACAGCAAUAUUAAGUGCGGAUAAUGCAGUAAAGCUGGCAAAAACUGAGAAAUCAGCAGCUGAAGCGGCGUUGCAGCAAGCCAGCAAGGAGCUGGAAGCCGCUAAAAAGAAACAGCAGGAGAGUGAGAAGCAGGGAGAUACGAACGACGAUCAGGAGAAACAAAAAAAGGGGAUUCUGGAAAGCGAAGUAAGUGAAAGGGACGAACCAAAAGGACUCAUCGGUUCCCAGCAACCUGAUACCACGGAUUCCACUGCGACUCCUCCUGCUGGUGCGUUGUUGCCUAAGACCGAUGGCACUGCGGAUGGCGAGAAGCUUCUUGCUCAGCACACAGAUGGCAGCGACGUC